CAAUCUCUCUUCAGUCUCUUGAGCCGAAAUACUUGUGCCUGAAGUGCAAAAAUUCAAGUUCUUGGGUUCAUAAGAAUGUCCAAUCUAAAAACUCCAAGUUACAAGAUCUUGUGUGCUUUUUGGUUCUUAUUUCUGAUGCAAUCCCAAGUUUUCUGUUAUCAGUACAAGGUAGGAGAUUUAGAUUCAUGGGGAAUACCCACCUCAGCAGACCCACAACUCUACACAAAAUGGUCCAAGUUUCACACUUUGAGGCUUGGAGAUUCCCUCUUGUUCUUGUACCCACCAAGUCAAGAUUCAGUGAUUCAAGUGACAGAAGAAUACUUCAAAACUUGCAACCUCAAAGAUCCAAUCUUGUACAUGGACAAUGGAAAUUCAUUGUUUAACAUUACUUCAUCUGGAGAGUUCUACUUCACAAGUGGAAAGCCAGGGCACUGUGAGAAGAAGCAGAAGCUGCAUAUAUCUGUGCCUGGGAAUGGCUCUGCAUUUUCACCUUCUUAUGGUCCUUCUGCAUUGCCAGACUCAGCAGCAGGACCCUCCUACCCAACAGUUUUUGGUUCAAUCCCACAACCACCUUCUUCUUCUUCUUCCUCUUCACCAUAUCAGAGAGUCUCAGUGUUCAUGACAGCUAUUAUUGGAUCUGCAAUUUGUGUUGUGAUCAAAGGCAUCAUGUGAAAGACAUAAAUUGAGAAUUUCCUCUUUCAAAUUCAUUGGCAUAUUUAAUUAUUUAUUCAUAUGAAAAUAUUGGGUUUUGUAAUUCUUUCAUCAAAACAAGAUAAAUAUUGUUUCUCUUUUUUAUAAAUGUAUGCAUUCUACUUGGUGAAUGAGAGAAUCUAAUGAGAUUUUUAAGAACCAA